AUGCCCUGUAUAGAGGUAGGGACAGUCGGUGGAGGCACACGACUUCCUGCGCAGCGCGCUUGCAUUGAGAUGCUCGACCUAUCCCUCGAACGGCCUGCUGAGCACCUAGCUCGCCUUAUUGCUGGUGUGGUGAUAGCUGGUGAACUCUCGCUUCUAGCUGCACUGGCCACCAACGAUCUUGUAGAGGCGCACAUGCGCUUAAACAGGGCAGCGGCAGCGGUGGCUGCGGCAACCGCUGGACAACCAGGGGCAGAGGAGGACGAAAAUGAUCGGUUGGGAAACACUGGUCUCCUCUUGUCUAAUGCAAAAAACUUCGGCAUGUGA